AUGGAAUGGAAACACGCCACUUCUCCAAAGACAAAGAAGUUCAAAGCCACCAGAUCCACCAAGAAGGUUAUGAUGACCAUCUUCUGGGACAGCAAAGGAGUGAUUCACACCGACUACCUGCCCCAUGGCACCACAUUGAAUGGGGAGUAUUAUGCCAAGUUAUUGAAGCAGGUGCGCCAAUCCAUCAAGGUGGGAUUCUGCUUCACCAGGACAACGCACCAGUCCGUCCACACGAGCCGUGUUGCAAUGACAGCUGUGCAAGAAUGUGGCUACGAACUCCUCUCUCAUCCACCCUAUUCUCCAGACCUAGCCCCCAGUGACUUCCACCUCUUUCCCAGGCUGAAAAAACACCUCCGGGGCCGGAGAUUUGAAGAUGACGAUGAGCUAACUGCUGCUGUGGAGGGUACCAGAGGGUUAGGGGACCAGAAUGUUGACUUCUACCGAUCGGGCAUCAGUGACUGGCAAACUAGGUGGAACAAUUGUGUGGAGUUGGGAGGGGACUAUGUUGAAAAAUAA